AUGGGCGCUUGCUGCACAAGUCAAAAACAUGUGAACCUCGCAAAAUAUGUUACUGGAAAAUUAGCCCUUGCUAUUGAUCGCCAGUCGCUUGACAAGGUAAAAGACGUGACUGUAAAGUAUUUAAAAGGCAAAAGUCCUUAUAAAGAGCCAGUUAUAAACAUAAACGAUCCCAUCUUCAAAAUAAAUCAAUGUGACAUGAAUGCUCUCGGCUAUGCUUUAUACUUAGGCGCGACAGAUAUUUUUAAAUAUCUUGUCCAAGAGGCCAAAGCCAAAUUUUCAGCUAUGAACCGUCUAUAUUUGCAACUGGGAAAGCGGCCAAUAGAUGUAAUUUGUGAGCUUGGGCAUUUUGCUUUAUUUGAAUAUUAUCUCCCACUUUACCUUAAAAACGAAGAAGUUAACGAUGAUGCCAAUAAUGAAGAAGAAAGCGAAGAGCUUUCCAUUUUUGCUAAAUCAAAAACCACCAAAUCUCACACCCAAGAUAAGAGCAAACUUGUGGUUCCUUAUAGCACUAUGACACCAGUGCAAAGGAUUGUAGACAAAGGGAAGUUUUCUAUGCUUCGCUAUGUCUAUGAGUAUUUCAAAGAUAAACCAGAAAACUCAGAAUUCUCCGUUAGCUAUUUAGAUGAAACCACCGGAGAAAACUGUGGCCUAAUUGCGUGUAGGACUGGAAAUCUUGAUAUCAUACGAUAUUUAUAUGAAGUUUGCCAUGUGGAUUUUCAUAUUCUCAAUAAGAGAAAAGAAAAUGCUAUUCAGAUCGCAGCAGUCUGGUCAAAAAAGCGAAAGCAAAAAAAAUUCAAAGAUUGCAUAAAAUAUUUGGUAGAGGUGAUUGGGGUGGAUUAUACUUAUGAAUUUGAAGAAACUUUAUUGGUCUUGGAGGAUAAAUCAAUUAUUAAUUAUUUGGAAGAAAAGCUGCAGGAAGAUGGAUUUUCAGUAAAUAAAGGGAAAAUUGAUGAUAAGUACUCUUUGAGCAAAAAUAGAGUACCGCCAAUCCCUGACCCGAAACUUGAAGCAAAACUGAGCAAAAUAAAAGGAUCAAACUUUAACUUCACGGAGCUAUUCAGGGAAGAGCUUGUAGAAUCAAAAUCUGAAAUAAGCUCUAUCAGUGCGAAGUAUAGCAAGUCUUUUAGUAUGAUGAACAAUGAGAGUAUUAUUUAG